AUGGCAUCGACCUCCGCAGGCGACGGUAGCCCCUUUGACACCAUGAUGUCGAACGCGCAUGUCAGCGAGAAGGCGACGUCAGCAACAGCAGCGCCCGGGAUUGUGUCUCCAACAAGGUCACGAGCCAGCUCAACAACGUCUCUAACGACAUCGUCGACAGCAGAGUAUCACAAAGGUGAUCGACCUCGUGCUGCGUCCUUUACGACGGAGCGGCACACGGCCACGACUCGCUCGUCGUCUCCGUCGGGGUCUCUGUCUCUGUCUCGGGCCCCUUGCAUGUUUCGGGCGGGCUUGCAGACUGAGGCUCAGGUCCAACAUGAAUCGCACUCGUCCCCUUCUACCGCAAUUCAAGCCCAUUCGACUUUGAUCCUGCCCAAUUCGACAUUACUCAAGCCCACGGGCGUCAGAUCGACGCUGCUGGCAGCUCAUCACCAGUCCUCGCCGGGGCCCUCUGCCCCUGCCUCAACGAAUGGCGCCUUCCUUUCUUCAACCGGGCGGGUCUCGAGCUCAGAGCCCCGACUUGGCAAUCCGUCCCGAUCUAGUUCGCCGCCGCCGCGAAACAAUUGGCGAUCAAGCAUGAUGGGCGGAACAAUCUCCUCAUGCCCUACGACAAGUCGCGAAAUUCGGAUACCAAAAAAUAGAACGAAGGGCCCCCUGAUCACCCGCAUCCCCUCGCCAGCGACAUCGCCGACCACGCCCCAUCUCGCUUCCGUUGCCAGUCCCUCUACCUCGACGAGUGAAACACACCAAUUCAGAUUUUCCUCUCCUGCUAAUCUUCAUCAACAGCAGUUCCAGCACAGCCGAUCACCCUCAGCGUCUGCUUCCUUGCGGCCGAGCCCGUCAUCAGCCGCAAUGAGGAGGAACUCGAGCGACAUGUCCCAACAAGAGGUCGAGGAGGAUUUGGCCCUCGGCGGAAGGGCAGCCUCGAUGCGUUUAAGUCACCAGCGGCGGACAGGGGACCCAGAAACUGUGCAGAAGUGGGACGAGCAACAUGCGAUACCAGACGAGGUCGAGCUACGGCGCACAUUUUCGACAGCCUCGAGUCGACGCAAGAACGACAGUCUUAGCUCCAGCGUACUGACCACACCCACGAUCCUCAGUCGAGGCACCAUGACGGCGUCGAGGGAGCCCAUUUUUGGGAUACGCCCAUCCUCGUGCGAUGGUGGACGCCACGACCGUCGAGUAUUGAAUGGCGAUCACUCGAUCGCCCCGUCGAAUAAAAGUAGUCACCCGUCGGUGAAAGUCGACGGAAUAAGCCGAGAAUCACCGGUCUCUCCGUCGACCGAUGACUGGAACCGAUCUCGACUGAUCUGCUUUGACUACGAUCGUCAAGGGUACCACCACUCCUCGUCUCUGCCGCCAACACCCGCGCCGCCCACACAGCUCUGCCCACCUGCUGCCGAGCCUAUCCUCGACGAUCGCGGUCAACCUUUGCGCAAUUAUCAACUGCAUGGUGGUUCGAACCGCUUCUUCAUCGGCGGCCGUUUCCUCACUUCGGGGGAUGACCUUUUACCUUUCGUCAUUUCAUUCGCGUUGGCGAUUGUUAUGCCAAUCAUGUUCCUCAUUUUCUCCGCUUCGUUUAUCUGGCACCACCUCGGUGCAGGCGGCAAAGUCAGCAUCUUCCUCUUCAUCUAUAUCGUCGCUCUGAUGUGGACAAACAUGAUCAAGACGUGCUGGACUGACCCGGGGAUCAUUCCACGCAACCUUGAUCCGACCCCCGACACGAAAUGGGUCGAAGACAUCGACGGUGAAGGCCACGCGGGUCUCAAAGUGGAGCCGAGGUUCUUGCGUAUCAAAGGGAGUCUCGUCCUGACAAAAUGGUGCGAGACUUGUCACACGUAUCGACCCCCGAGGGCGAGCCACUGUCGAUUGUGCGACAACUGCGUUGAGCACACCGACCACCAUGUGAGUCCUUGGCCGAGCCGGUCCGUGGUGGCUGCGAACGAAGUCGCUGAUCCACUUAUCUGCGCGCAUGAAUCCGGGCAGUGUACCUUUCUUAACAACGUAAGUGACUCUAUCUGAUCGAUUGCGCGCUGGUUCGAGAUGCAUACCGAUGUCACGCCCGUCUUUUGCAGUGCAUCGGACGGCGCAACUACAUCCCCUUCAUAGCGUUCCUCGUUUCCGCGAUCCUAUGCGCCGUUUGGGCCAUCGCAUUCUCGGCGUGGCACAUCGGCCACCAACAGGCUCUCUCCCGCGAUCCAAUCAAUGUCGCUGACUUCCGUAGGCCUUGGGUCACCCGUUGGGAUGUCAUUGGGAGCAUUGUUGUCGCUGUCAUCGCAUUCGCGCUGUUAGUGCCGAUCUUUGGACUCUUUACGUACCACGCCCGACUGAUAUGGACGAACAGGACCACGAUUGAGAUGGUAAGCGUCUCUAGACACAAGGUUGAAGAUUUGUCUGUCGUUGCAGCUCUGACGCGCGCCCGUGUACUUACUCAGCUCCGACCGAAGGGUGACCGUUCCGGUGCCAUCGACCCAGCGGAUGGCACGCCGAUCAGCAAUCCAUACAAGCUCCGUUCGGUCAGAAGGAAUGUGGUGACCCUGCUCUGUAGACCGGUUGACGUCCCGAAUUGGAUCAGCCAUCGCGCUUUCGCGACCAGAGAUGAGCGAGACGACCAUCCCUAG